GGAGUGGGCGGGGCCGAGGGCAGAAGAGAGCAAGACCGACGCCAUAUUGGAAGGCUCUGGAUGAAGGCAGCACUCCCUGGACCUCCUGCUCUCCAUGAACAUCAGGGCGUGAGGCUGUAAUAAGGCACUUGGCUCCCCUUCUCUCCUUCCCCCCGCGCCCCUUGACCGCUUCCACCAUGGAUCAAGACUACGAAAGACGCCUUCUCCGCCAAAUCAACAUCCAGAAUGAAAACAUGAUGCCUUGCGUUGCCGACAUGAGGAGGACCCUGACGCCUUCGAAUUCCCCCGUGUCGUCUCCCAGCAAGCACGGCGACAGGUUCAUCCCAUCCCGAGCCGGGGCAAAUUGGAGCAUCAGUUUCCACAGGAUAAACGAAAACGAAAAGUCCCCGAGUCAAAACAGAAAAGCAAAGGAUGCAACUUCAGACAACGGCAAAGAUGGCCUUGCGUACUCAGCCUUGCUAAAGAACGAGCUCUUGGGGGCCGGGAUCGAGAAGGUGCAAGACCCACAGACGGAAGACAGGAGGCUCCAGCCCUCCACGCCGGAAAAAAAGAGCCUUUUCACGUACUCCCUCACCACAAAACGCUCCAGCCCGGACGACGGCAACGAGGUCUCCCCCUAUUCUCUUUCGCCCGUCAGCAACAAAAGCCAAAAGCUGCUACGGUCUCCUCGGAAGCCCACGAGGAAAAUCUCCAAAAUCCCAUUCAAAGUAUUGGAUGCCCCGGAACUUCAGGACGACUUCUACCUAAACCUGGUUGACUGGUCAUCCCUUAACGUUCUCAGCGUCGGCCUCGGAACGUGUGUUUACCUGUGGAGUGCCUGUACCAGCCAGGUGACCCGGCUGUGCGACCUCUCCGUGGAAGGCGAUUCCGUUACCUCCGUCGGGUGGUCUGAGCGGGGCAACUUGGUGGCGGUCGGGACCCACAAGGGAUUUGUACAGAUUUGGGACGCCGGGGCCGGCAAGAAGCUCUCCAUGCUGGAAGGGCACACAGCCAGAGUAGGUGCCCUGGCGUGGAACGCGGACCAACUCUCUUCCGGCAGCCGGGACCGGAUGAUCCUGCAGAGAGAUAUCCGAACGCCCCCCCUUCAGUCUGAGCGCCGCCUCCAAGGCCACAGGCAGGAGGUCUGCGGGCUCAAGUGGUCGACCGACCACCAGCUCCUCGCGUCCGGCGGGAACGACAACAAGCUCCUCGUGUGGAACCACUCCAGCCUCAGCCCAGUCCAGCAGUACACAGAGCACCUUGCGGCCGUCAAGGCGAUCGCCUGGUCCCCCCACCAGCACGGGCUGCUGGCUUCCGGCGGCGGGACGGCGGACCGCUGUAUACGUUUCUGGAACACGCUGACCGGACAGCCUCUGCAGUGCAUUGACACCGGGUCGCAAGUCUGCAACCUCGCCUGGUCUAAGCACGCCAAUGAGCUGGUGAGCACUCACGGAUACUCUCAGAACCAAAUCCUCGUCUGGAAAUACCCGUCCUUGACUCAAGUCGCAAAGCUAACCGGGCAUUCUUACAGAGUCCUCUACCUGGCGAUGUCACCCGACGGAGAGGCCAUCGUGACGGGCGCCGGGGACGAGACGCUGAGGUUUUGGAACGUCUUCAGCAAAACCCGCUCCACCAAGGAGUCCGUGUCGGUCCUUAACCUCUUCACCAGGAUACGGUAGAAAAGAGAACAGGACCAAGA